CCAUGGCGGCAUACAGCAGAAAGCUGUGGCCUCAUCGUCACUUUUAAACCUAUCAUAAUGUUUUUUUAAAGGUUGCCUUUCUACAUGUAUAGUUUUAUUAUUUAAAAAAAAAAUGGACAACCGGUUACUGUCAGGAUAGAUUUCCACUUUUUUCUUUGAAGGCGGAUACAUGAAAUUGUGGCAAACGCAAAAAUGCUGAAGAUCAAUGGAUUGGCUUUUAGUGUCGGUUUAGAUAAAGGAACCGUUUUACCAUAAUACAAAUUGUGCAGCAACAGAUCUACUGUGUUGGAAUCUGGAUUCUUCGAUCCGCGCCUUGAUAGCAAGUUUGUUUGGACCGGUGGCAGCCUUCUGGUAUCGGUUUGGGGACAUAAUAAACCCCGGGGCUCACAUUGUGGCCUGGCCGGGGGGACUAAUUAUCCAUUUUUAGCACACUAGAGUUUUCUUAGUGGAUAACAAAGUGGGAACAAAGAUCGUGGCUUGGUCUGUGCAUACCCAGACCGCGAACAAUAAAUUGUCAACAACAUUUGUUUUUAACGCGUCUUCAAAACAAUGGCGUCUUAUGUGGAUAACAGUUUUCGUCAAGCUGUGAUGAUGAAUCCGGCGGAAAGAACGCAACAGGACCUGGAGAUAGUCUACUCCUAUCUGCAUGGAAUGGAGGCCCUGUCUAACCUCCGAGAACACCAGCUGAGGAUAAUGUGUGAGACAGUGCGCUAUGAAAGACACGAAGCCAAUGAAGUGCUCUAUUACCCGGAUGACAUCGGAAGCUGCUGGUACAUCCUACUGUCCGGGUCUGUCUUCAUCAAGGAGUCUAUGUUCCUGCCAAGAAGCAGUUUUGGGAAGCGUUCUGCAGGGAGCCUGAGACGUGGAUGUGAGUGCAUCGUUCUGGAACCUUCGGAGAUGAUUGUGGUGGACUAUAUGGAGGAAAAUGAGGAGUACUUCCAGAGGCAAGCAUCACAUCGUCAGUCCCGCCGCAGGUUCCGCAAGAUCAACCAGAAAGGCGAGCGGCAGACCAUCAUCGACACGGUGGACCCGUACCCCACCGGCAAGCCACCCAUAGUCAGGGGAUAUCACACACUCCCCGCAGACUUCAGCCGACUCCACCUGGCCGACGGCUUGCACCCACAGGUGACCCGCGUGUCUUCCAGCCACUCAGGAUGUAGUGUCACCAGCGACUCUGGAAGCAGCAGCCUGUCAGACAUAUAUCAGGCCACGGAAAACGAGCCAGGCGACAUGGACCUCAGCGGCCUGCCCGAGACCGCCGUCGACUCCGAGGACGACGAUGACGAAGAGGACAUUGAGCGAGCGUCAGACCCCCUCAUGAGCCGCGACAUCGUGCGGGACUGCCUGGAGAAGGACCCAAUGGACCGCACCGAUGACGACAUAGAGCAAUUACUGGAGUUCAUGCAUCAGCUGCCAGCGUUUGCCAACAUGACCAUGUCUGUGAGGAGGGAGCUGUGUGCCGUCAUGGUGUUUGCUGUGGUCGAGCGGGCCGGCACCAUCGUACUCAAUGACGGGGAAGAGCUGGACUCGUGGUCAGUGAUCCUGAAUGGCUCGGUGGAGGUGACGUACCCUGAGGCCAGGCCUGAGAUCCUGUGUAUGGGCAACAGCUUCGGGGUCUCCCCUACCAUAGAGAAGGAGUACAUGAAGGGAGUGAUGAAGACUAAGGUGGACGACUGUCAGUUUGUGUGCAUAGCGCAGCAGGACUACUGCUGCAUCCUCAACCAGGUGGAGAAGAACAUGCAGAAGGUGGAGGAGGAGGGCGAGAUCGUCAUGGUCAAGGAGCACCGUGAGCUGGACCGCACAGGCACCAGGAAGGGACACAUCGUCAUCAAGGGCACGAAGGAGCGUCUGACUAUGCACCUGGUAGAGGAGCACUCUGUGGUGGACCCCACCUACAUCGAGGACUUCCUGUUGACCUACAGGACUUUCCUCUCCAGCCCCAUGGUCGUGGGCAACAAGCUCCUCGAGUGGUUCCACGACCCAAGCCUCAGGGACAAGGUUACACGGGUAGUCUUGCUGUGGGUGAACAAUCACUUCAAUGACUUUGAAGGCGACCCUGCAAUGACUCACUUUCUUGAAGAGUUUGAGAACAAUCUGGAGAGAGAGGUCCGUGUCUCAAAAAUGUACGGCCACCUUAGACUGUUAAACAUUGCCUGCGCUGCUAAAGCCAAACUGCGACUAGUGACACUGACCAAGCCAUCCAGGGAGGCCCCGCUAGCCUUCACCCUGCUGGGGGGCUCCGAGAAGGGCUUCCGCAUCUUCAUCGACAGCGUGGAGCCUGGAAGCAAGGCCGCGGAGGCCGGCCUUAAACGAGGAGACCAGAUUCUGGAGGUGAACGGGCAGAACUUUGAGAAUGUCCAGCUCACGAAAGCCAAUGAGAUCCUGAGGAACAACACCCACUUGUCAAUUUCUGUGAAAACUAAUCUUUUAGUGUUCAAGGAGCUCCUUGCCCGACCAGAUCACGACCACGAGGCAGAGGGUGAGGAGCCGCCAGAGGUGGACCGCAAGAAUGGCGCCCCGGCACACCUGCCCAAGAUCGGGGAUAUCAAGAAGGGCUCGCGCUACUCCAUUCCUGACCUGGCGGUGGAUGUUGAGCAGGUGAUGGGCCUGGAGAAGGCCAGCAAGAAGGCCAAAGCCAACACGGUGGGGGGAAGGAACAAGCUCAAGAAGAUCUUUGACAAGACGCUCACCAGCAUCCUGCCCCCAAAACCAUACAACGACGUGGGUGUGGGCCAGUCGCAGGACGACAGCAUCGUGGGCCUGAAGCAGUCCAAACAGAUUCCGGCCGCGCUGCCAGUCAGCGGCAGCCUGUCGUCCAGCAACCCUGACCUGCUGCAGUCCCACCACCGUAUCCUGGACUUCAACAACCAGCCUGCCCCAGUCGUGACGAACAUGUCAGACCAGGUGCUGCGGGUGUUCAAGGCAGACCAGCAAAGUCGAUACAUCAUGAUCGGUAAGGACACCACGGCCAAAGAGGUGGUGGCCCAGGCCAUCCGGGAGUUUGCCCUGACCGCAGUGCCCGAAGCCUAUUCGCUGUGUGAGGUGUCCAUCACGCCGGAAGGCGUCAUUAAGCAGCGCCGGCUCCCGGAGCAGCUGUCCAAGCUGGCAGACAGGAUACAGCUCAGUGGCAGAUACUACCUGAAGAGCAACAUGGAGACAGAGACCCUCUGUUCAGACGAGGACGCCCAGGACCUCCUUCGUGAAGGCCAGAUCUCCCUCCUCCAGCUGUCCACCAUGGAAGUAGCCACGCAGCUGUCCAUGCGCGCCUUCGAACUCUUCUGCGCCAUCGAGCCCACCGAGUACAUCGACGACCUGUUCAAGCUCAAGUCCAAGACGGGCUCGUUUUGCCUCAAGCGCUUUGAGGAGAUCAUCAACCAGGAGACCUUCUGGGUGGCGUCGGAGGUGACCCGGGAGCCCAACCAGCUCAAGCGCAUGAAGACAGUCAAGCAUUUCAUCAAGAUAGCUCUCCAUUGUAGAGAGUGCAAGAACUUCAACUCCAUGUUCUCCAUCAUUAGUGGUCUGAACCUGGCCCCAGUAUCUAGACUCCGGGGCACGUGGGAGAAGCUGCCCAGUAAGUACGAGAAGCUGUUCGGGGACCUGCAAGACCUGUUUGAUCCAUCCAGGAACAUGGCCAAGUAUCGCAAUGUGCUGAACAACCAGAACCUCCAGCCUCCCAUCAUCCCCCUGUUCCCCGUCAUCAAGAAGGACCUCACCUUCCUGCAUGAAGGGAACGACUCUAAAGUAGACGGCCUGGUGAACUUUGAGAAGCUGCGGAUGAUCGCCAAGGAGAUCCGCCACGUGGGUCGCAUGGCCUCCGUCAACAUGGACCCAGCGCUCAUGUUCAGAACCAGGAAGAAGAAAUGGAGGAGUUUAGGUUCUCUUAGCCAGGGCAGUGCCAACGCGGCGGUGCUAGACGUCACCCAGACGGGCGGGCACAAGAAGCGGGUGAGGCGCAGCUCCUUCCUGAACGCUAAGAAGCUGUACGAGGAUGCCCAGAUGGCCCGCAGGGUCAAGCAGUUCCUGUCCAACCUCAGCCUGGAGACCAACGAGGAGGCGCUGCAGACCCUCUCGCUGCAGUGCGAGCCCUCCAUCAACACACUGCCCAAGAAUGCUGGUGGCAGUAAGAGGCCAGACACGUCUCCAGUGGUGUCCAGAGCUGCCAGCCAGCAGAGGGGCCAGCUGCAGAAGGGCAACCAGGCCCUCCAGGUGCCUGCUGUGGCUCUCUACCCCUCACGCAAGAAAGUACCCGUCAAGGACCUGCCACCAUUUGGCACAAGUUCCCCUCAGUCGUUGAAGAAGAUCCUGUCACUGUCAGAGGAGGCCAGCAAGCGUCAGACUGAGGACACUGUAACAUCCAACAACACCUCGCAGCUCUCCUCCCCGCCCACCUCACCACAGAGCUCACCCAAGAAGGGCUACCCCAGAACAGGAGAUGCCUACUCAGACUCGGGUCACAGCGAGAUCUCAUCGCGCUCCAGCCUGGUCAGCAACUCCUCCUUUGACAUGGCCCAGGAGGAGAGGAGGGGGCUCAGGCACUCCGGCGGGGUGGGAGACCCCCACGCUGGAGGGGUGCGUCUGGAGAGGAGGGCUACGACAGACCCGGACCAGUACAGCCUCGGUUCCUACUCGUCCAUGCAGGACUGCCGGGGUCUGUAUACCUGUGCCACGGUGCUAUCUCCCAGCUCUGAAGAGCUGACCCAGGACCAAGGGGACCGUGUCUCCCUGGAUGCUGCAGACAGUGGCCGCGGCUCCUGGACCUCGUGCUCCUCGGGCUCCCACGACAACAUCCAGACCAUGCAACAGGGACGCAGCUGGGAGACCCUGGCCUUCGGGCCGGGUGGUGUGGUCAGCGUGGGUGUCCAUCCUCCCGGGGGGCCUGAAGCGUUUAUAGGGGUCUCCUCUGGAAUGUGGGCGUCUCAGGCUAGAGGGAGCUGGGCAUCGGCCUCUUCUUCAUCUUCCUCUGCAGCGUACUGGGGCGAGGACUCGGAGGGUGACACGGGCACGAUUAAACGCAGAGGCGGGAAAGACGUGAACGCUGACCCGGAGACGAGUAGUAUCACGUCCAUGGGGUCUGACGAGGCCAAGCAGCACGGGAGGCCAUCGCCCAUCACCGCCGGCAACAAGGGUCUUAUCACACGAAAGGAGAGCCGGUACCGCGAGCCCCCUCCCACCCCGCCAGGCUACACCGCCCUGACAAUCUCUGACUUCAGUGAGGGCCAGACGCAGUCGGCACCCCCGCCCACGGCCCCAUCCCACUCUGGCCGCCGCCCACCCGACUACUCCACGGCCCUGCAGCGCUCGCGCAUGGUCACCCAGUCGCCCGACUCCCAGCAUCACCACCAGGCCCAACAACACCCAGGUUCCGGAACCACAAAGCGCCAUGGGCUCCACCGCACCCGCUCGCCAGACGAGGAUGAAGAGCCGGAGGAGGAAGAGGAGGAUGAACAGGUAUCAGCAGUCUGAGAGAGAACUGUCUUCUGCUGGAUGACUUGAAGUCACUUCCAUGGAGCCGGAAAAAAAGACACUGAUGGACGGACAAAGCAAUCCAGUACGUACGUGCCUGCCUCCUGCAUCGUACUCUCCCUCCUGAUUGGUAGACUCCUCUGCUCAUCUCCCUCCCCUGCCUUAAAGCAUUAUCAGGGGUUGAAUAACCCUGCUUGAAAAAAUACUGUGAAGAAGGAGAGACAGAAAAGAAAGAUACAAUGCCUGGCACUUUGGAAAAAAAGAAAAGCAAGUCAAAACUGUUUUGCUGGAAAAACAUACGGCGACGCAUGACAACCACGCUCACACACACACACACACACACACACAGGUGUCCUGGAACAGCUUUCCAAGACCAUUAUCCCAACCCACUUUACACACAGCAUCAUGACGUGUUGAGCUUUGUCUGCACUUUGUCUUUUUCUACUUUAUAAAACGUGAACAAAACGGACAAUGAUGAUUUAAUAAAAAGAACAUUGAUCGAUUUUGAACUCUUAUGGAUUUUCAAAUUCCUGCUAGGUUUUUGGGGGUCUUCUUUCCAGAACUAUUGCACUCUGGGUGUAAAAGAGACUAUACCCAAGUCUCAUCUAUGGACUCGGAAUGACAAAUCUGUCAAAAGGCUGUUUUAUUCCUUAAUUACAGUAUUAUCUGGUCAUUCACAUAUUAGAUAUGACCUAGUGGUGGCUCCACCCCACUGCUAACUGGACAGUCACAAUGAGAGAAAUAAUUGUUGGUUACCCCAAAUUAUGUCUCUCAUUGUGACUGUCCAGUUAGCAGUGGCAGUUUGGCUCCAGCACUUUUCAGUAAAACCUUAAGUUUUAGUACAACCCUCCAUUCCCAACCCUGGCCUGGAUAUCGGUCUCUUUUUCCAAUACGACCCGCCACAUCUUAAGUUCUAGGUCAUAUACAGUAAUGUACAGGUUUAACGGUGGGGGGGCGUAGCAGUGACCCUACCUGUCUAGCCGGUCCCAUCUGGCUGGACCUAGCUGGUUGGCCAGUCCCAUCUCCGAUUGUAAAACCUCUUCUAUUUUUAGUGAUAGAUAUGGCUGCCUGUAGUUGUUUAGCUAGGCUGGCUAGCUAGCUAGCUACCUAGCUACAUAAGUUGGCAAACAUAAAAUAAAUACAACCCCCCCCAAUGUAACACAGGUAUGUUAGACGGCAAUACGUGUUUCAGAAGAUUAACUCAAGUUAGCUAGGUGGCUUGCAGGAAAUAUAACAUACUUAGCUAGCCACCGUGUUUGUCACCUGCCCUCUUGGUGCUGGCAUCAGCUGAAACGUAUAGGUGAAUGUCAUCAUGGAGCAUUUUUGUUACCUACAUCUUUGAAUUUGUGUUGAUGAGAGUUAUCACUUGAAGCCAUUGUGGUCUGGUCAGUUUUUUUCAAUUUUGCCUAAAGGAUUGUGUUAGUGUCCGCCUCCCUUUCAGAAAAGCCUGCCUUGGGGGAGGGACGGGGCCAGAGCAGGAAGCAUUGCCCACACACGUUUUAGUCUUUCAGAGAUUGGAAAAAAUGUCAGCUUGUAUAUUUAGCAAUGAAUCCUCUGAUAGGAACAUCCAGGUUUUUAAACUGGAAGGUCACCUGGUGACUUAUAUUCAUUCUAUAUUUAGACAGUAUUGUUUUGGACAACUAUGUGAGAUUUAUAUUGGCUUAGUCUUGCCCCUAAUGGUGAUGUUGAAAGAUAAGUACAGAGGUGAUUUAUACCGGUUUUUAAAAUGAACCAACUUGGGGACGUGUUUGAGUUAUGCACCCCAAAGGCUUGAAUCCUAGAGGUGAAUGGAGUCUCGGAUCUUUCAGUGGUGCUGCAAUCUGCUGUUGCUACGUCCAUUUUUGGACUUAUAAAUUAAUGAUAUAUAUCCAUUGAUUCUUGAAGAAUAUAACUUAUAAAUGCCUCAUGAGCUUAGUUCAACUUUCAAACCCCAUUGUACCCCAAAAUAGAAUCUUGUUUUACUUCAAUGUUUGGAAAUGUAAACAGACAUUGUAUAGCCUGAAAAACAUGCUUAAAACUCAUUUUGAUAGCUUGAUUGGUCAGUCCUUGCAUACAUAUCUCCGUCUAUUCAUUUGAGUGGUUACAUUUCUCCAGGCCCACCCCUCAGCUUUUUAGCAAAACAGAGGCGGUGUGAAUGCUUUAUUGUUUCAACUAAGGAUUGCCCUUUUUAAGACUGAACUAGAAUACACGAGAAUGAACUAAAAUAAACAUUCUCUCCAACCUUGCUGUUGGAGACAUCCCUUCCUCGUCAUUGCAAAGCCACUUGGAGAAGUCCUCCACUGUUACAGGCAUCAAGCUCAGUGGAUGUACAUAUGAGUAGGCAAUGCUAACGUAGAACAAACCUGUUAUCCACUGUUUCGCAACAUCAUUGGAAUUGACUGAAGGUUAUUGAAUAUGUUUGUUUUUUGACUCCAGUGGGGAAGUUACCUAUAUUAAAUAAUUAACUUUGACGGCUGCUAAUCAGAAUUAUUAGUAAUCAAAUUGUGAAAGUGUCACUUAUUUUAUCACUGAGUUGUGCUGAUCACAUUGAUCAGUAGUAAAACUAUAGACUGAAAAGUAGAAAUAAAAGAGUGCAGUGUUUUUCACUGUGGUUUGUCAUUACACUAUAAUCAUUUGUCAUGAUACAUUUUUUCUAUGGCUGCCAAUAGAUUGUCGAAUGUGUUUGUAAUUCAGUGGUAACAUGCAUCAUCAUCAUUCACUUUCCUUCAACUCUUUAGCAGGCCAAGUCCUAUUUCGAAAAACAAAACAUUGCACAACAAUGUACAACAUAAAGAUAAUUGUAGUAGGUAGAACUGCUACUCGGUUUGAUGUGAUGUCAAGUGAGAAGUGUAUAUUUAACUGGUGAUGAUUUCUCAUACUUUCUUGUACUACUUUGACCUGUAUGUCUUUUAAAAAGACAAUUGGUGGAGUACGUAUCAGUAGUUUUUUUUGUAUUUUUAAUACAAUAAUUGUAAAUAUUGGUUAUAUUUUUGUUGAAAUGUACUAUGUUUAUGCCUCAACAUCCAGUUUGUAUGAAGCUGGGAAAUCAAUAAAUACUACAAAAGUGAUCAAUUCAUAGGUUUAAAUGCACUUAUUUUUUUCCUACAUUUGGAGGUUUCGUCUCUUGAAUAUUGUUCUUUUCCAAGACAUCUCCUUCGCACCAUCUAGUGUUUGCACAAGAUAAUACAUGGAAGUAACUUGAACUGUGUAACCCUCAUACUUUUCUAACUGACAAGUGUACGUCAGAAUUAAUAAAAAUAUGUCUCCACUUG